AAAAAGAUGGCAAAGCCUUUCAUCCAACAUAUGAAGAAAAACUCAAGCUUGUGGCACUGCACAAGCAGGUUCUGCUGGGACCUUACAACCCUGACACUUCCCCUGAAGUUGGAUUCUUUGAUGUGCUGGGGAAUGAUAGAAGGAAGGAAUGGGCUGCCCUUGGAAACAUGUCAAAGCAAAAAGCUAUGACAGAAUUUGUUAAACUCCUGAAUAGAUGCUGCCACUUGUUUUCAACGUAUGUCACUUCCCACAAGAUAGAAAAAGAAGAACAAGAGAAAAAAAGAAGAGAAGAGGAAGAGCGAAGGCGACGUGAAGAGGAGGAGCGUGAGCGUUUACAAAAAGAAGAAGAAAAACGUAGGCGGGAAGAGGAGGAAAGACUGAGAAGGGAAGAAGAAGAGAGGAGGCGAAUAGAGGAGGAACGACUUCGGAUGGAACAACAGAAGCAACAGAUAAUGGCAGCGCUGAACUCCCAGACUGCCAUUCAGUUCCAGCAGUACGCGGCCCAGCAAUACCCAGGCAACUACGAACAGCAGCAGAUCCUAAUUCGGCAGCUCCAGGAACAGCAUUACCAACAAUACAUGCAGCAGUUGUAUCAAGUCCAGCUUGCACAGCAACAGGCAGCCUUACAAAAACAACAGGAGGCGGUUGUGGCAGCGACAGGGACACCUCUGACUACUGCAUCGAAGGUGAACGCCCCUGCCCCAGGGGACACCCCAUCUAUUAAUGGGCAGGCCAGUGCACAUGCAGACAGCCCUGAAAAAGAGCUGGAUCAGGAGGGUUUGGAAGAAGCACUGGAGAAUGGACCAAAAGAUUCUCUUCCAGUGAUAGCUGCCCCAUCGAUGUGGACACGACCCCAGAUAAAAGACUUCAAGGAAAAAAUCCGGCAGGAUGCAGACUCUGUGAUCACAGUGGGCCGAGGAGAAGUGGUUACAGUUAGAGUACCAACUCAUGAAGAGGGGUCUUACCUCUUUUGGGAGUUUGCUACAGACAAUUAUGACAUUGGUUUUGGGGUGUAUUUUGAAUGGACAGACUCCCCUAAUACUGCAGUCAGUGUACAUGUCAGCGAAUCCAGUGAUGAUGAGGAUGAAGAAGAAGAAAAUACUAGCAGUGAAGAAAAAGCCAAAAAGAAUGCCAACAAGCCUCAGCUAGAUGAAAUAGUGCCUGUGUACAGACGAGACUGUCAUGAAGAAGUGUAUGCUGGCAGCCACCAGUACCCAGGGAGAGGAGUUUAUCUUCUUAAAUUUGACAAUUCCUACUCUCUAUGGAGGUCAAAAACAGUUUACUACAGAGUUUAUUAUACUAGAUAAAGGUGUGGCUGUGUCUGAGGCUGGGCUGUGCAGAAGAUGUCAUUUUAUUUGGAAUUUUCUUCAAGCAUAAUGGAUCCUUUUGAGUCUGUGUUUUACCUUGUCUAUAUCUGUAUGGUUUGUGUGAACUUUAACAAGUAGACACGGGGAUCUUCCUGCUCCACGACACUAAUGCAUAUUGCAUUGGGCUUAACACAGGAUCUCCCUAGCCCUGUCAGGGAUUGGAGUUAACCAGUGGGAGUCGUUGGCUCCAGUGCUAAGGUCACAUCAGUUGCAUUUGUUAAAGCCUCAUGAAAAAUGGGAGGAGGGAGCUGCUGGCUCACUGGCUGGGUGAUCUGAUGUUUCCAGGUCUGGAUGCUUUCAGUAACUCGUUAACGGUUAAUUUAAAGGUCCCACCAAUAACUGAUAGAUUUGGAUGCAGUUUGCUGUGUAGCAAGUUUCUCUUAACUGUAACUGAAUGCAGAUUUUUACACCAUUAAAACUUGAAACUUUAAGU